UCAACUGCCAAGCCUCCAUCACCUUCUUGAUCAUAUUGAUUGCUGCAUUUGCCCAACCUUCAAAAAUAUUAUGAUUGUGGACAGAGACAAAGUCUUUGUGCUUUAAUCCGACCUCGAUUGGCCCUAACCAUUCCAGUAUCAUUGUCUGUGCCAAAGAGGAAGUCACUCCUUCAUUUACGCGACUUCCCACACCGUCCUUUCCCCGCAAACCUUGUGAUCUGGAUAUGGCGAAGACGCCAUUAAGACGCCGAAUAAAGGGAGGAAACGAAUAGCGACACGAUCACAAUUGUGCCGCUUUUCUGCCGUAUUUGUUUUUUUUUUUUUUUUUUCAAAUAGGAAGCGGGGGUUUGUAGGGCCACCAUGGUUGAGACCUCGUGGCCACCGAAAUCCCCGAGGGAGGCCCUUCUUAGCUCCCCUAGCGGACGACGGAGAUACGAAGAGAUGCAACGCCGUCGGGAUAAUCUAACAUCACCCUUGAAACAUGCAACUGCAACGCCCAAUCUGCGGGCAACAACGAAAGCGACACAACUAUUGAGGGACGGAUUGGACGAAGGCGAGGGCGAAGAUGAGGAUACGGAAGAGGAUGAAGAAACGUUACAUCUGAAACUAGCUGCCAUUGAAGCACGACUCAAGCUGAAGCAGCUACAGAAGGGUCGGGGGAGAGCAGGCACUCCAACCCCAGACCGCCAUGGGAAUGUGGAAGCACUGCAUAGACCUGCGUCGGCCGUAAGCUUUUCGUCGCGUGCCUUGGACCAACCUGCCCAAAGUAGGACCUCGCGCGAGCCAGGUCGCUGGGAUCACUCCGACGAUGUCCAAGUACCGAUGUCACCAACCCGGCGCCUUGCACCGCCAUUGGAGCCCACAUCCCCCGGGAGGUAUAGGCUUGGUAUUGACAAAGGUCUUAAGGGUAGUGACGUGUCACUGAGACGCCCACCAAGCUCAAAAGAGUCCGAUGCACGGUCCAAUAGCAGACUCGGUAGCCGUGAUGGGCCAAUAUCCCAUUUGCGAAAUACGUUGGUGCCCCAGCCACAUUCGUUUGACGAGACGCGAAGCAAAAGCUUCAGUGAGCGAAUGGCCGAAGGCCGUGCGGCUGAGAAAUCUCGUAGGGAACGAGAUGCACGAGCCGAGAGGAUAAAAGCCGGCCGAAGCUCGGCAUUUCAAUACGACAAAACUGAGAUGGAAGCGUUCAAGACAGCUGCUGCGGAAAGGCGGCCUGAAUCUCCUUCUAAGCUUCUGACAAGGCACGGGCGCGUUGAUAGUUUUAGUCGAGAAGAUGUUAUGAGAUCGGCCAACAAUCUCAAACCCUCCCUGAAGAGAAGCCAGACGACCCCCACUCUGCGAAGGGGCGAAGAAUCCGAGUCGAGAUCGUAUCUACAUCGACGUGGCCAGAAGUCAGAGGCCCAGUCAUUUUCUUCCCAGCCUGGGAGCUCACGACAAAACAGCUUUACAGACGAUGCUUCUAACGAAACCGAGAGGGCGUUGGAAAAGGCGCCUGAUGCAUCAAAAUUCGAGCCGUUUUCUGCGCUUCACCUUUCAAAUCGUAUCCUGCCGCACUCAUUCUUGAACCGAACCCUUGAAGAUAAGAAGGCUCUUCGCAUACCAGAUCUCCUUCGGAUGAUCAAAGGCCCACCAUUUGAGCUGCCAGACAAUAUCGAUGGGGAUUACGUCGUAUUUGGCAUAAUAGCCUCGAAAUCUGAUCCGAAGCAAGUGAAAGAGGCUAAGAACGUCACUGCACAAGCAGUUGACCCAUUCGAUGAUGGAUUGAACAACAGAAACCAAUACAUGGUCGUCACUCUUACCGACUUGAAAUGGACUAUUGACCUCUUCCUAUUUGAUACUGCUUUCCCCCGGUAUUACAGGCUGUCGGAAGGGACUGUGAUCGCGAUCCUAAACCCAACGAUACUCCCACCACCUAAAGACAAGAUAGAUACCAACCGGUUUAGUCUCUGCAUAUCUUCUUCCGAUGACAAAGUCCUCGAGGUUGGGUCUGCACGGGAUAUCGGAUACUGCAAAGCUGUCAGGAAGGACGGUAAAACCUGCCAGUCUUGGGUAGAUGGCCGAAAAACCGAAUUCUGCGACUUUCACGUUGACCUCCAAUUUCGUCGCGCACAAGCAGGCCGAAUGGGAGUGAACAACGGAACAGGCAUAUUUGGUCCCGGAGGCCGCUCUGGAUCACGCACCGGGUUUUACGGAGGACCCAAGCGAUCCACACAACAAAAGGCCCCUGGGGGGCUACUUCGGGCAGAUGGCGCAAAGUAUGACCGCGAGACUCAGUCCUUAUACUAUGUGACACCCGGAUUCAAACCACGAAACAAUACUGGCAAUUCCUUCCAGCAUCUGCGCCCUGGUCAGUCCGCAGCCAGCCUCAUUGACGCCGACGUGGACGACCCAUUUAUCGCGGCCGGUAAGAUGGGCCGCGGCACGGAAAACAAGGAAGAACGCUUCCGUCGCCGUCUCGUGGAACAACAACGGGAAAGAGAGAUCACACAGAAGAUCACCUCAUCCCGUGCUGGUGGAGUCGCUGGGGAAUAUCUCCGAGCCCAAAAUAACGAAAAUACUCCAACCACCAACAAGGCCUCGUCCCGAUCAGGAGCUCAGCAUACGAGAUCAGGCUCCAGCGACCCAACGCUACCGUCGACCUCACUGGCUGGCGACAAGUCGCUCAGUAUGAGCUUCAAACGAGCAGAAGCGGUAAGGCUGAGCCCUAGAAAGCGUGCACACGACGGCGACAGGCCGCACGGAAGCGGUAUUAAGAAGACGCGCUUCAUAACCUCCAAAGGUAUCAAAGAGGCUGGAAGGGACAGCCUGGGGGGCAAUCCUGAUGCCAUACCGCAGACGGAUGAUUUCGACGACGACGACGACGACGAACUCGAGAUUGUUUAACCCACAAUCUAUCUCCAUGUGCCAAUUCAUGAGCAUCACCAAAUGUUGGAUCUAUCUUGAAUUGAGAGCCAAAGCAUUUUUAUAGCGACUCUCUGCGAUACCCAUCACACGCGAAACAGUUCUCUUUUCUACAUAUAAAUCAAUGAAUAUCAAUUAUACUCACCCUCGACCACAAUCGUUUCCCCUUACAUGCUCACGCCUUUUCAAAUGAACGCCAAAAACCGGAUUAAUGACUGAUUGAACGCACGGCUCAUCGACAUAGAAGUUGGAUAUCAGGUAUUUGCAUGUCGUGGAGGUCCUCGAGAGAAGGAGCAAACAAGAGGAACGAAACAAACUCUUACGCUGUUACGCUGUUACGAACCCAAAUGGUCUCUUCCAUUCAAAAAGAAAGGAGCAUAAUUGUUGGAGUUACUGAUAGUU